AUGAGUCAACAGUCCUUGAUCUACAGCUUCGUGGCUCGUGGGACGGUGAUUCUCGCGGAUUACACGGAGUUCACGGGGAAUUUCACCUCUAUCGCUUCUCAAUGCCUCCAGAAGCUACCUGCGACAAAUAACAAAUUCACCUACAAUUGCGAUGGACACACCUUCAAUUACCUCGUCGAAAAUGGGACCAAAAACGUUUUCCACGUGCUGCCCAUCCUUUAUUUGGAAUUUAUUGAACGGGUUGACCCUUUGUUUUGGCAACUUAUCCUAAAGCCUCCUCGCCAAGAGCUUCCCGUUGAUGACACCUGCCUGCUGCCUUACUCUGAAAAAGAAGCCUACUGUGUUGUUGCAGUUGAGUCUGCCGGCAGGCAAAUUCCCAUUGCCUUUUUAGAGCGAACGAAGGAAGAUUUCAACAAGAAAUAUGGGGGAGGGAAAGCUGCAACUGCUGUGGCCAACAGCCUGAAAAAAGAGUUUGGGCCCAAACUGAAGGAGCACAUGCAGUACUGUGCAGACCAUCCAGAAGAAGUCAGCAAGCUUGCCAAGGUUAAGGCUCAGGUUUCUGAAGUUAAGGGAGUGAUGAUGGAAAACAUUGAGAAGGUUCUUGACCGUGGAGAGAAGAUUGAGCUGCUGGUGGACAAAACUGAGAACCUCCGAUCGCAGGCUCAAGAUUUUAGGCAGCAGGGGACCAAGAUGAGGAGGAAGAUGUGGUUCCAGAACAUGAAGAUAAAGCUGAUUGUCUUGGGUAUCCUCAUAGCCUUGAUUUUCAUCAUUAUUCUGUCUGUCUGCCAUGGCUUCAAAUGUUAA